AUGGAAAAACAUUCAUAUGAUGUCGAAGUUGGAUCAGAAAUCGCCAAUUCGCUGGCAAGGACACUAAAAGAUUCCCAGCGACAGUUAAAGCAGUCUGAGGUAAAUGCGAAAGAAUUAGAAAAAUCCAACAAGAUCUUGACGGAGAACAUCGAGAAACUCAAGCAGGAGAAUAGUAGAUUGACUUAUGAGCUUGCUGGAGCUCGAGACUCCAAGACUGCCGUAAAGGCUGAACAAGCGCGUGAGGAAGUCGAAAAUGAUGUUGAAACGGCAGAUGUCCAAGAUAUCAAGGAAAAAUAUCAGAAGGAAAAGACAAAGCGACGUCAGGUUCGCCAGCGAUGUGAUGCGUUGACGGCGCAGUUGGCUGAGACCACUGGUGAGGGAGCAGCAUUGAAGAAACGGAUUGGCGAGCUCGAGGAAGUAUUGGAGAAGCUCAAAAAGGAUUUCGAAUCAAGAAAGGCUAUUUCUUUACGUAACAAGCGCAAGAUGUUGAUGGAUGCAAUAGGGCAACGCCCCUUUGAAAGACCACAAGUUCAAGUAGGUCCAGUCGCGAAACACAGCUUCAAUAUCGCCACCUUCCGCAAGUUUUUAAGCUCUAUCAUCCUUUCCGCACACCAGAAACCCAAACUACAAACCGUUGCUUCGGCCGACAGGUCGAUCUUUCUUGAGUAUUCGGACCCAUUCUUGUGGUCUGGGAAGCCCGGUGGACAUGCCUUAUUAUUUGCGCCAUGUCAUAAACUCCAACUUAACGAAGUUGAGACAAAAUGGAUUGCACAUCCAAUGAAAGAGAUGUACGGGACCACCAAAGAGUUAUUCGCUCUCAAUCAUAAUACCGCUUAUUACGAGGGGACAUACAGGUGCUUACCUCUGAGCCACGAGAUGAUUCCCGGAGGCUGCACGGAUCUCUCUGGAUUGGAUCUGGAGGCACUCGCCCGCGCCACGAUUUCUGACAAUAGAGCAUCGUAUAAACUGUAUCAAGAUCACUUCCAGGCAGUUAUGGAUCUUUGGAAAUCCAACAUUCUCAAAGCAGAAUGCAUUGGCCUGCAAUAUGUUGGCUUCAAUGAAGGGCUAUAUAACGCGCUUGUGCCUAUGGGUCGGAAAUUGAGCGACGGAGGUUUCGAAAGCACAAGUUCUAGAGUAGACGCCCGGGGGAAACCAUAUGCUAGACGCAGAUCGAUAAUCGGGCAUGACGACGAUAGAAUGACCGAGUAUUCCGGGAACUAUGAGCAUCGAGCUAAAAGGCGAAGAGAGUGACAGUAUGGUUCCGUACAUAAUGAGGGCGCCUAGCGGCAUGGUCGGUCCUUCCCGCUCCUGUCAUGAUUUCUAGUAGCAUAUGUAUCAUAUUCCGAGAUGAGGUAGAAAAAACGCUACAGAAAAUGGAGAAAAACGUCGAGAGAGAAGAGUCAUGUACGCGUGGUAUAAAUAGUCUGAAAGUCGUGAUUACGGUACUUAUGUACAUCGAAGGAAUCAAGGAGGCGCGUACAUGAUGCAUACAAAAGCCGGCAAUUUGUGUCCUGCAGUACGUAUGCACAGAUGUAAGUACACCUAGGGCAUAUAGGUAAAUAAGUACACGGUUUCCAAGCACAGAACGGAUUGUACAUGGACGGUACUCGCCCUUUUCAAAAGCGUGAUAUCGACAGCAACGAUAGGAUAGUAAUACAAUCAAGGAAAGUGAUGGGGCCAGGAAUUAUGAAGGAUAAUAAGUGCCAUCGUCCCACGAUUCU